GUGAAUACUUCUGAAUUUUGGUGUGGGCAGAUUUUUUUUUGGUAAAAUAAAAGAGGUUGCAAAACUAGCAACAAUAGUUUGUGCUUGUCGCUCAAUUCGUUAAGAUAAAUAUUAGGGCCGACAAUUUAAUCACAUUUCCAUUAAAAAUAUCAAAAUGAAGUUACGUGAUUGGGCUUUAUAUAUAGCACAAAAAAGAUUUUCCAAUAACAAUAAAGAUAAUAGCAGCAGAAAUGAUUUAUGCAGUGACGAUGACACACGAAAUGGAACACACGAGCAUAGAGAUAGCCGACGAGGAAUUAAUACUUUUGAUAAGUUUCGGCUUUUAAUGUGGAAAAAUAUUUUACUCCAACGUCGACACAAACUGCAAACCAUCAUACAAAUUCUCAUGCCCAUACUAUUCACAUCGAAUUUGGUGUUUAUGCGUAGCUUGGUUGAGCCGGUAAUAACGAAAAACAGCACCAUGUACAAUAGCAUUAGCCUAGACACAAUAUCUAUACGCAAUACAACAGUUUUUACAACUGAUCCCUUGAAAGAGUGGCAGUUAGUAUAUUACCCGAAGAAUGACAUAUUGGAAAAGUUACUAAAUCAAGUCUCCCAGAAUUUAGAACUAGAUGGAGUAGUGGGUGUGAAGCGUUCAAAUUUGGUUGAAAGAAUGAUGAUUGGACGAGAAAUGCUAGCAGGUGUAAUAUUCAACCAUCCAGCGAAUAUAACAGAGCUGCCAAAGAAUUUGGUCUAUACAUUACGUUUUCCGAGUGAAUUACGUGCAACUAUCGAUGCCAAUCCAUUGGUGUAUAAUUGGCAAACAAAUUUACUCUAUCCAAUAUUUUCCGGAGGAGGACCACGCGGUGGCAUUUCGGAUAGUGGCGGAGCGCCAUCUUAUCACUCUGAGGGAUUUUUAGCCAUUCAAAAUGCGAUCGCCCAAGUUUACAUGCAAAUGAAUUUGAUUGGAUCAAAUGGUGAAAAUGGCUAUGAAUUACCGGAUAAAAUUGAAAUGCAACGAUUUCCGUACCCACCAUACGUGCAUGAUGUUCUUUUAGACGGCUUUGAAAAGGCGACCGGAAUAUUUAUUAUGCUAAGUUUUGUGUAUCCGAUAAUAAGCACGGUUCGUUUUAUUGCGGUUGAGAAAGAAAAGCAAUUGAAAGAAAUUAUGAAAAUUAUGGGCAUGCCAGUUUGGUUGCAUUGGACCAGUUGGUUUGUGCGCACAAUGAUUUUCAUGCUCAUUUCCAUCACAUUUAUGGUCGCAUUGCUGAAGAUACCAAUGUUUGAAUUAUCGAUCGCUGUUUUUACACACUCUAAUUGGUUUACGAUUUGGGUGUUUUUAUUUGUUUAUAGCAUUGCGACGAUAACAUUUUGUUUCAUGUUAAGCGUACUGUGUUCAAAAGCAAAUACAGCGGCUGCCGCAGCCGGUCUUAUGUGGUUCAUUUCAUAUGUGCCAUUUAUAUUUUUAUCAAAAGAUCAUGUACGAGUGCCAAGAAUAAUCGAAAUGAUUGCAUGCCUCUCGCCAAACAUGGCAAUGGCAUACGGAUGCAAAAUUAUUGUUGACAUGGAAAGAAGCGGUUUUGGAUUACAAUGGUACAAUUUUUGGGGUUUAAAUGGAUGUAAAAAUGAGCUUACGGUUGGAAUAACCAUGUGCUGCAUGCUAAUCAGUGCACUUGUAUUUCUUUUAAUUGCACUUUAUAUUGAAAAAUUAUAUCCCGGCGAAUAUGGUGUGCCGGAAAAAUGGUAUUUUCCAUUCAAAACGGAAUUUUGGACAGACAAAUGUAUACCCAUACAAGAUAUUUAUAACGAUCGUCUUGAUUCAACAACACAUAGUUCGAGUGAGAAUUUCGAAGCGGAGCCUACGAAUUGUGUGGCCGGUGUUCGAGUGAAAAAUCUUCGAAAAAUUUUCGAUCAUGGAAAAGUUGCCUGCAAAAAUGUUACUAUUAAUAUGUUUUGUGACCAAAUAACGGUGCUGUUGGGACAUAACGGAGCCGGCAAGAGCACAACCAUCAAAAUGUUGACUGGAAUGAUACCACCGACAUCGGGUACCGCCAUCAUAAAUGGAUACGACAUUCGAACCGAUCUCAAGAAGGCGAGAGAAUCGAUCGGAAUAUGCCCACAACACAAUAUUUUAUUUGAUGAAUUAACCGUUCGUGAACACAUUGAAAUUUACUCGCGACUUAAAGGAUUGAAUUGGGACGUAGUUGACAAGGAAAUAAUGAAAUAUGUGCGAUUACUUAGUUUGGAAUCAAAAAUCGAUACGCCAUCAAAAGCGUUAUCGGGUGGAAUGAAGAGAAAACUUGCGUUUGGAAUCGCUUUGUGUGGUGAUUCGAAAGUUGUUUUAUGUGAUGAACCGACCAGCGGCGUGGAUCCUUCAGCCCGACGUGAACUCUGGGAUUUGAUACAACGUGAAAAGUUCGGUCGAACCAUAAUUUUAACGACGCAUUUUAUGGAUGAAGCCGAUGUGCUUGGUGAUCGAAUCGCAAUUAUGGCCGAUGGUGAAGUGAAAUGUUGUGGAACACCGUUCUUUUUGAAGAAACGUUUUGGUAGUGGCUAUCGUUUGACUUGUGUUACAAAACAGGGCUGUGAAUCAAGUGAAGUGACGAAAGUUCUUCAAGAGUAUAUCCCUGAAGUAGAAAUUCGAAAAGAAAUCGUCGGCGAACUUUCAUACUCUUUGUCAGAUGAACAUACCGACAAAUUUGGCAGAAUGUUUGAGCGCAUUGAAAAUGAUCUUAAUGCGUUAAAAAUUGACCGUUUUGGUGUUUCGUCAACCGAACUGGAAGAAGUUUUCCUCAAAGUUGGAAGUGAUCACAAAACUAUGAAUAAAAACGAAGAUAAAGAGACGAUAUGUGAUGCAAGCGGCAGUGAUUUAGAGUUUUCAGAAAGUGACCUGCUUCACGGUUUAAGAUUGCGAAUAAAUCAAUGUUAUGCCAUGUUUAAGAAGAGAUAUUACUGUUGGAUCAACGAUUUUUAUUCAUUUUUAGGUCAAAAUGUGAUCGUAGUUAUUUUUAUUGCAAUUAGUUUAGCAUGUGUUCAUAUGGCUAAGAAUUUCACGAUCCUUUCCAAAUUGGAAAUGUCUUUAGACGUUUAUGGGGAUACUGUGACCAUGUUGCAGACACCAUCCGGAAAAAACACAUUUAAACGUGUGAUUGAGCAGUACCGUAAUGAUUUGAGAGACGGUCUCGAUGAAUUUUCGGAGGAUAUUCAGAAGCAUUUUUUGGAUCUUGGUGCUCAAAUACGAAUUCGAUCAAAUACACGAUAUUUGAUUGGCCUCUCGACUGGCGACGACAACAGUUCACUAAAUGCGUGGUUUAAUGAUCAAUUAUUUCACACGGCACCACUUGCGCUCAAUGUGCUACAUAAUGCGAUUUUAAGAGCAAACUUCGGGAAUGAUUAUAGUAUAAAAGUAUCGAAUUGGCCAAUAUCGUACAGGCCUGAAUCGUUGGAGCUAUUGAUUGGAAAUGGCGAUGACAUGGGUACUCAACUUGCUGUUAAUAUGACAUUUGUCAUGGCUUUCAUAUCAGCAUUUUAUGUGAUGUUUCACAUUCGCGAAAAGGCAUCCAAAGCAAAGCUAUUGCAAUUUAUUAGUGGCAUUGAUGUAUCGACAUUUUGGAUUUUAUCAUUUGUCUUUGAUUAUGCAACACACAUAGUAACAUGCUUCAUCGCGUGCUUUACGAUGUAUGUCUUUGAAGAGAAUGGGUGGUCAACCGUUGAAGAAUUAACGCCAUUCUUUAUUAUUUUGACUAUUUUUGCACUUUCAUCAUUGGCCGUCACAUUUGUGUCAUCAUUUUUAUUUUCGACUACUUCAUAUGGAUUUGUUAGUUUGACCAUCAUAUUCAUAUUUACGGGAAACAGUUUUUUCAAUUUGAUCAACAUUUUGUCAUUGCCAGCAUUGAAUCUAACGGAAACGGCAAACAUGUUAAAAUCGAUAUUUCUUAUUUUUCCACACUAUGCACUCGGGUAUAGUUUAUUUAAUUUGAAUCAACUGAAAAUUGAGUCCGAAGUGUGUCGAUUGAAAUUUGAACAAAUGAUUUCAAAUGAUGCAUUUCGUCCAGAAAUCAGUCCGCUCAAUUUCACAUCGCUUGAAAAUAAUACACGACUAUCGGAUCAAAAUCUUUGGAAAAACUCGACUAUUCCCCACGACCCGAUUACCUUUUCGAGGCCAUCGUGUGAU